AUGAGCACAGACGACAGAUGGGUACACAGCUCGGAGAACUCCUUCGCCUUCACAAGAAAGUCUGCCAAUGGAAUAUUUAUACUACAGUCUCCUCCACCCAUAUCCACCCCUUUACCAGGUCCAUGGAGCUUUCUGACGUCGUGGUAUGUUCUUGGGUUAUUCACGAUGGCGGUUCUCCUCCAUCGUAUACGGAAUAUCGUAGUUCCUCCUAGGCAUCAAUUGUUCUCUCGCAUCUCACGGCGCAGUGCGUUCCUGCACUUUGCCAUACCUACGGUCUUCCCACUGGAUUUGUCGUCUUCAAUAUGUCGUCUUGUGCUGCGUUCGCCUUCACUAUACUUGGUCUUCAAGAUGCUCUUUAUAUGGGUCAUUGUUAUCGCUCAAGCAGCAGACAAGUUUCCAACAUGGAACUUGUGGUUGCAGUCAGUGGGAACUUAUGUCGCUCAAAGAGAAACGGCAGACCUCUGCUGGUCCACCUUUUGCGCCGUCUGUGGCGUCUUAUGCAUGGAAGGGCUAACACAUGGUUUGGAAGGGGGAGCGCACCGCCCUUCCCCCUUUAAUUUGCUCGGUUAUGCAUUUCUUUUGCACACCUACUCUUCCCCAGUCACACACGGGAUAAAGCUCGAAGGCUCGACUUCACGGCCAGACAAGCACGUAAUAUUUACCAUCAUAUUACCUUUGCUUCAGCUUGCAAUUGUCCACUUGAUCGGGAUCAGGCAAGAUUGGUCAUCCCAUCGCCUGUUUCCGUCGGCGUUUGUUACCUUCCUUGGACUCGCCCAUUUCCAUUCAGUCCUAUGGCUAUCAGAUUCAUCUUAUCCUCUGCUCAACUAUGUGCCUUGCUUGUUUGAAUCUACCCUUCUAGCGAUCGUAUUUCUAGCCCUUUUCCUCAAUGUCUUUACUCAAAUUGCCACGGAGGGUACGGUGUCCCGUGUCCUAUUCGGCCAUGAAUCUGCUCUUCUUCCAAAGUGGGAUGAAGACUUCUCGGUCGCGUUGCUGCGCAUGGGUACAGCAAGCCUCGAGACGUCGAGCGUAUUGGGCCUUGGGAACCAAGUAGGAGGUGUCGCCGCGGUCAUGCCCCCUCCUUUGAACGAGCUCGGGACUGUGGAGCUGAAUCGCUUGGGGGUUACCUCGCUCUCUCCGGCUGUCGAAGGCUCCAUCAAACACCGUCGUUUCAAGAAGGGCUUUGUCAAUGAAAUCAAAACUGUCAGGGUCACGUCAACUGGAGGGGAUAUUUGGUUAGAUAUGGUUUGGUGCAGAGAGCUUGCGAGACUUGCAGUGGGUGCGGCGCGAUGCGUCAAGGGGCUGAUAAUGAAGGUUUGGAAUGUACUCAGAUGGAGGUCGCUAAGGCCCCCCAACUUUCCUCCUCGACGCAUUGCGGUCAGGAGCGAGCGGAAUCAAGACUUAGAUACCGAAGAUGACGAGGAAGAAUUGUACGAAAGAUUCAUGAGAGGAGAACCCAUGCACGAGGACGAAGAUGACGAAGAUUUAGAAUAUCACCCCUCGGAGACCGAGCGCAACGGCUCCACUAGCCCCACUUCGUCGAGGUCUGAGCAUGGUGAUGACGAAGAUUACGUUGAAGAAGAUUCACAGCAAGACGCCAACGAAACCGUCAGCUUGUUUUCGGACCUCUCUUCCGCUCCCUCGGCCGUGACUUCUACCUCGGUCUUGUUGGCACACAUGACUGAUAAUUCAUCGUUGCCAAUGACAAGACAGCGAUUCCAGCAUCUGAUGUCAGCACCUUCUCAACGCAGCAACAGCCUCAGCGAUUGGACCGACAUUGCUGCAACCCGACGAACAUCUUCCAGCGGAACUGGAAUGCAUGAAGAAUCACAAAACGAAGCAAGGAGAAAUUGUGUUAUAUGCACUGUCGAGCCACGGCAAAUCAUAUGUUGGCCAUGUCGAUGUCUCGCGUUGUGCGACGACUGCCGCGAAAAUCUCGCAUCUCGUUCGUCUGCAUCCACACACACGUGUCCUUGCUGUCGAAGAAUUGUGGACGGAUAUUCGAAGAUCUACAUCCCUUAA